GCUUCAGCAUUCAGGUGACAGCUUAACCAGAGGUCCCGGAAUUGGAAUUUAGGUUCUUAAUUAUUCUUUUAAACGAGGCAAUAAAGUUUGCCUCCUAUGGGGCCCUUCCCUUCUUUUAAGAAGUCUUGUGCAUAUUGACGACGGAUGCAAUUUUGAACAUCAGAAGUGAGUUUCAAAGAUCAACGCCGUGGCUUUUGAGGUAAAGAACUUGUAGAGAAAUGGAAGGAGGAGGGAAAGGGGAGAGCAAGAAGGUGAUGGUGGUCAUAGAUGAGAGCGAUUCCAGUUACUAUGCCCUCAUGUGGGUGCUCAACAAUCUCAAGGAAUUGAUCACUAGUUCUUCGCUGCUUCUUUUCGCCACGCUGCCACCUCCGAGCUGUAACUUUGCGUUCGGAGCUCCGUUCGGUUUGGCUCGCCUAUAUUUUCAAGGCUUAGCAGAUCUUUUGGAACGUAGGACAGCCCUGGAGGUUUUUAGCACGGCACAAGAACAAAGUAAGAAGAUUUGCUUGGGAAUCUUGAAGAAAGCCGAGGGCAUCUGUGCGAGUCGAGGGGUGAAAGUGGAGACGCUCAUGGAGGCUGGAGAUCCUAGGGUUACCAUAUGCAAUGCAGUGCACAAGAACAACAUCGAUCUUCUUAUCCUGGGGCAUGAAUCUCAUGGAAUCCUCAAGAGGGUUUUCUUGGGGACUCCAAGCGAUCACUACUUGAAUAAUGUGAAGUGCCCAAUACUUGUGGUGAAGAGGCCAGAAUAAGCGUUCGAUAACUGCUUAUAUGGGUUUAUGUCAGCUAUAUGACCACCAGAGUGUAUGUAUUAAAGUCCUCACUGUGUAAGAAGUAGCAGAUUAUCUCAUCUGAACUAAAUCUGUCAGAUCUGUAAAUUCAUAUUCAGAACCGUCUAUAACUAAUCACAGUUCACAAGAA